GCGUUUGCGCAAGCGCACAACCGCACCGCCUCGUAUCUCGAUCUUGCAGAAAACGCCUAGGAGAGGUUGAGCCCAUUGUACAAUGUCGGAGAUGAACGUGCUGUCCGAGCUGUACGAAGAGAGCAAUGACCUGCAGAUGGACGUGAUGCCUGGCGAGAGUGACCUUCCGCAGAUGGAGGUAGGCAGCGGGGGCCGGGAGCCAUCCCCGAGCCUCUCCCGCGGCAGGGCCCCGCCACAGCUCGAGGAGGAAGGGCCGAUGGAGGAGGAGGCGGCCCAGCCAAUGGCGGAGCCGGAGGGCGAUCGAGGCCUUGCCAACCGGGCCAGCCCCGGGGAGCAGCCAGGCCAGAUCGCGGGCCAUGACUUCGAGAGCGAGGACGAGGGCGAGGAAUUUGACGACUGGGAGGACGACUACGACUAUCCUGAAGAGGAGCAGCUGAGCGGGGCGGGCUACAGAGUGUCGGCGGCCCUGGAAGAAGCCAACAAGAUGUUUCUGAGAACAUCCAGAGCAAGAGAGGCAGCCCUGGAUGGGGGGUUUCAGAUGCAUUAUGAGAAGACCCCGUUUGAUCAGUUGGCCUUUAUCGAAGAGCUUUUUUCACUUAUGGUUGUCAAUCGUCUGACCGAAGAACUCGGCUGUGAUGAGAUCAUUGACAGAGAGUAGUCAAAUGAUUUUUAAGAGGAGGAAUCGUCCUGAGGAGAGACCCAGCAACAUUCCACUGGCUCUUGGGUGCAUCCCAAAUAGUUCCGUGCCAAUGAAAAACUUGAUCUUCAAAAAAAAAAAUGUUUCCUCUUUGCAGAAUAGAAUUAGGGCAGCGACUGAACAGUUAAGAAAAAGGAAAAAAAUUGUAAAAGAAAAGGCAUCUUAGGACUGUUGGAACCUGUUAUCAAAAAUGUCCUGAAACACCUGUGGCUUUGAUUUUGUUGUUGCUCCAGAUUAUUUUCCUUGCAUUGGGAAAAAUACCUCACAUUUCACUGUAAGGGAUGGUUUUGCAAGAAUAAGGAUAUGACCAUGACAAACUGCCAGUAAAAAAGCCCACUGAUACUAAUUUUAUGAGAAAAAGUAACUAAUAUCCAGCUGAGGACAUGAGACGUUUCUGAGUCAUUUGGACCGAAAACCUAUUGAGAAAACUAAAGAUUCCACUUUGUGAUCUCUCCAAGCCAUAGCUGUCAAAAGCUAAGUUUUUAGUGUAAUAUACAUUGAGUAUUCGUCAUUAUACCAAAAGGAUAAGAAAACCCAGAAAGAAAUAUGUGUCACUUGUGCUAUAUCUUAAAAUGUGUUCCCAAGAGCAUCUGAAAUUUUGUACUUGUACCUUGAUUAUGUAUAAAGCUACUAUGAUAUAUAAUUCAAGAAAAUUCUUUUUUGGCCAUUUUUAAAAGUAAAAAAUUAACAUGUUCAUAAUAAAGUUUUCAAAUUUAGACAUUAAAAUGUAUGUAAAGUAUAAAGAAAACAUUAUUUCUAACAUGCUUAUAUACUAGAGAAAUUUUCUGUUUUACUUGCUCUCUGUUUUGCAUUUAACUUUUGCAGGCAACAGACUGGUUGAACUUCAAAUGUAAGAACUGUUAAAUGAAAAUUGUCAAGUAAAAGGAAAGCCCUAUUUCAAAAAAAAACAACUUAUGAAUAAUAUGCUGUCAAUCUUUAUAUAAAGGUUUUAAACCUGCUCAAAAAUCCACCUCAGUAUCUGAAGUUUCCCUCUCUCCUCCUCUAAGUUGUUAUUGGUUAUGCACCAGCAUUUAAAAUAAAAUUUCUUGUUCUGUGUA